UAUUCUCUGUUCUCAUUGGCUGAUAGUGAAAGGAGUUCCAUGCGUCACAGCGCUGCCCGCUGCUUCCCCACGCCAGAGACAGGUCCGCUGCGCCUGCGCAGUUGAGUUGGCGCUCGCGACUCUUCGCAUCUGAGGGCCGGGUCUAGCGCACCGGCACCAGAUGGCGGAGCAGGAGUCUGAACCUCUUCUGGGCUGGUCCCGCGGCAGCGACCGCGAUUGCCCGGCGGCGUUGUGCACUUGCCAAAGCAUCCAAGUCGACUCUGGUGCUGUGGCCAGGCAGGACCUCUGCAUCGACCAGGCUGUGGUCUUCAUUGAAGAUGCGAUCCAAUAUCGUUCUAUCAACCACCGUAUGGAUGCCCGCUCGAUGUGGCUUUACCGAUGGUAUUACUCCAACAUAUGCCAACGGACUUUGGGCUUUGCCAUCUUCCUGAUCUUGGCUUUGGCUUUUAUUGAGACCCCUUCCUCGCUCACUAGAACUGCAGAUGUGCGCUACCGCUCCCCUCCCUGGGAGCCUCCCUGCGGCCUGACCGAGAGCAUCGAGGGGCUCUGCCUGCUUCUCUUCGUGGCUGACGUCUCUGUGAAGGGUUAUCUGGUUGGGUGGGCAGAGAUCUUGAAGAACCUCUGGCUGCUGGCCUACCUCGUGGUGCUGGUCGUGUCUCUGAUGGACUGGACUGUGUCCCUGAGUCUUGUCUGUCGGGAGCCCCUGCGGAUACGCAGGCUCCUCCGCCCCUUCUUCCUGCUGCAGAACUCCUCAAUGAUGAAGAAGACCUUGAAAUGCCUUAGGUGGUCGCUGCCAGACAUGGCCAGUGUUGGGCUGCUGCUGACGAUCCACCUGUGCCUCUUCACCAUGUUUGGGAUGCUGCUGUUUACUGGCGAGAAGGACAAUGGGCAGGACAAGGAGAGGCUGACAUACUUCCGGAACCUGCCAGAAGCUCUGACUUCUCUGCUGGUGCUGCUGACCACUGCCAACAAUCCCGACGUGAUGAUUCCUGCGUAUUCCAAGAACCGGGCCUACGCCAUCUUCUUCAUAGUCUUCACUGUGAUAGGGAGCUUGUUCCUGAUGAACCUCCUGACAGCCAUCAUCUACAAUCAGUUCCGGGGCUACCUGAUGAAAUCUCUCCAGACUUCGCUGUUAAGGAGGAGACUGGGGACCCGGGCUGCCUAUGAGGUCCUCUCCUCCAUGACGAAGGAGGGAGAAGCUUCCCCUCAGGCGGUUGGGGUGAAGCCCCAGAAUUUCUUGAAGGUGCUUCAUAAAGUUCAGCUGGAUGGUUCCCACAAACAGGCCAUCAUGGAGAGAGUACGCUCCUACCACGGUGCCCUGCUGCCAGCUGAUGAGUUUCAGAAACUCUUCAAUGAGGUUGACAAAAGUGUGAUCAAAGAGCACCCGCCAAGGCCUGAGUACCAGUCUCCGUUUCUGCAGAGUGCCCAGUUUCUCUUUGGCCACUACUACUUUGACUACCUGGGAAACUUCAUCGCCCUGGCAAACAUUAUUCUCAACUGCGUCUUCAUCCUGUACUAUGUGCUGGAGAUGCUGCUCAAGAUCUUUGCUCUGGGUCCACAAGGCUACCUGUUCUACCGCAGCAAUGUAUUUGAUGGAAUUCUCACUAUAGUUCUGCUGGUUUUGGAGAUCUCCACUCUGGCAGUGUACCGAUUCCCACACCCAGGCUGGAAGCCAGAGAUGCUGGGCCUGUUGUCGCUGUGGGACAUGACCCGGCUGGUGAACAUGCUCAUUGUGUUCCGGUUCCUGCGCAUCAUCCCGAACAUGAAGCCGAUGGCUGUGGUGGCCAGCACCAUCCUGGGCCUGAUCCAGAACAUGCGGGCAUUUGGCGGGAUGCUGGUGGUGGUGUACUAUGUAUUCGCUAUCAUUGGGAUCAGCUUGUUUCGAGGUGUCAUUGUGGCUCCUGGAAAUAGCAGCCUGACCCCUGCCAACAGCUCAGCGCCCUGUGGAAGCUUUGAGCAGCUGGAGUACUGGGCCAACAACUUCGACGACUUUGCGGCUGCCCUGGUCACUCUGUGGAACGUGAUGGUGGUGAACAACUGGCAGGUGUUCUUGGACGCCUACCGGCGUUACUCGGGCCCGUGGUCGAAGGUCUAUUUUGUGUUGUGGUGGCUGGUGUCGUCUGUCAUCUGGGUCAACCUGUUCCUGGCUCUGAUCCUGGAGAUCUUCCUCCAUAGGUGGUACCCUCGCCGUCACCUGCAUCCCCUUGCUGGGACCCAGGAGGCCACCUACGAGGUGUCUGUGGAGCUUAUGUUCAGGGAUAUCCUGGAGGAGCCAAAGGAGGAGGAGCUGAUGGAGCGGCUGAGCCGCCACCCUCACCUACAGCUGUGCAGGUGACAUCCAGGUCUCCUUCCUGGUUGAAGCUGCUGGCCUGGGACAGAUGUUGGUCGUGGAAGAGGCAGAAGGCCAUGGCCAGGCGGGAAGAGGCCUUUCCUUUGGGACUACUGAGCUGGGGACAGCUGGAGGCCGGGACAAGGAGCCAAGCCCUUCAUUUGCUGCCCAACAGGAUCACCACCAGCUUCUCUCUGUAGCACCGGCAGAACGGCGGCAACCACGCCAUGCCACUUCCUUUUGUAAGCUGCUUCAGUGAGAUUUUCACUUUUUUAAGUAAGGAGAUAGAGUGACUCCACAGGGACCUUUAAGAAGAAAAGCAGAAAGCCAUGAUCUGCCCUAUGAGCACUGUAUCUUCCAUGGUGCCUUAGCUGCGGUGGUGUUCAGGGACCAGAGGCCCACAUGGAGCCUGCAUUGCUUAACUGGCAGGUUUCCAGGGCAUUAAGGCUGGGAUGUUGGUGAUUUUACACGAAGAGAAUGUUGGCUGUGUUUGCUAUUUGAAUGAAUGUGAUUGGGUUUAUUUCUUUAUGGGUCUGAAUGCCAGUAAUUUUUAUCAAUAAGCCAUGCAAAGACUUAA